CAUUUCGACAUUUCAAAAAUAGUCAUAACUUGCUAGUGCCGCUGUCAAAGCGGGAAUGAAGAAAUCAAGUUUGUUGAUUCCAAGUGAUUGUACCUGAGUGCUACGCGGCCUUAUAAAUUAAUUUCACCAGCCACAAUGCCGCCGAGUAGCCUUCGAGUAGUGUACGCGUUCGCUAGAGAAAUGCAUCCAAAAACAACCGACGUAUUCAUACAAUACGGCACUGCCGGAUUCCGUACCAAAGCCAGUCUCCUCGAACAUGUAGUUUAUCGUAUGGGACUCCUUGCAGUUCUUCGAUCUCGAGUCAAAAAUGGUCGCACAAUUGGCAUCAUGAUAACCGCGUCGCACAACCUUGAACCAGACAAUGGUGUUAAACUCGUCGAUCCAGACGGUGAAAUGUUGGAACAGAGCUGGGAAGAAAUUGCAACGAGGCUCGCAAAUGUCAGUGACAAUGACUUAGAAUCAACAACCGCGGAAAUUAUCAAACAAGUUAACUCGGACAUGGCUUUAAAGGCAAGCGUCUACAUAGGCAUGGAUACAAGAUAUACAAGUCCCCGCCUCGCCGCGGCUGCUGUUCAUGGAGUGAUGGCUCUGAAGGGAACACCGAAGGAAUUCGGCAUCGUUACAACACCCAUGCUACACUUCUGUGUCAAGUGUCGCAACGACAACACUUAUGGAACACCCACCGAAGAAGGUUAUUAUGAAAAAAUCGUCGGUGCCUUCAAGAACAUCUCUCAGAAGCUUCCAGUGGUCGGUAACUACAAUACUACGCUUUAUGUGGACGGCGCCAAUGGCGUCGGUGGGAAGAAAUUGAACAUCAUCAAGAAGAGUUUAGAUGGAGAACUUGAUCUGGUUCUCUUUAACCUUGGCGGAAAUGGUGGAAAGUUGAAUUUGAAUUGUGGUGCGGACUUCGUCAAAGUAUCCCAGAAACCACCGGUUGGAAUUGAACAUGUGCCUUUCCAACGAGUGGCGUCACUUGAUGGGGAUGGAGACCGCCUUAUAUAUUAUUACGUGGAUGACAAGAAUGAAAUCCAUUUACUUGACGGAGACCAGAUCGCGAUCCUGCUAGCGAGCUACAUAACAGAAUUGUUGAAGUCCUGUGGAGCGCAAGAGCUUCGCCUCGGACUUGUGCAGACCGCGUACGCUAAUGGUGCCUCCACACGUUACAUCACUCAGGAACUGAAAGUUCCAGUGACGUGCGUGAAGACAGGUGUUAAACAUCUCCACCACGCAGCGCUGUCGUACGACAUCGGGAUUUAUUUCGAAGCGAAUGGUCACGGAACUGUCGUUUACAGUAAAGAAGCCAAGAAUGUAGUCAGGAAGAUUGCUGAAGAAGGCGAAGCAGAACAACGCAAGGCAGCGCAGCUGCUGCUGAACUUCAUCGACGUGACCAACGAGACGGUGGGCGACGCCAUAUCCGACCUGUUCCUGGUGGAGAGCGUGCUGCGCGCGCGCGGCCUCGACGUGCGCGACUGGGCCGCGCUCUACCGCGACGUGCCGUGCAGGCAGCUCAAGGUCACCGUGCAGGACCGAAAUGUUAUCUCAACGACUGACGCGGAACGACAAUGCACGUCUCCCGAGGGUUUACAAACAAAGAUAAACGAGCUAGUAUCGAAGUACCCGAGCGGUAGAUCGUUCGUCCGGGCGUCCGGUACUGAGGACGUCGUGCGAGUGUACUCUGAGGCGGAUACGCAAGAGUCAGCAGAUAAAUUGGCAGCGGAAGUCGCCCAAGCAGUUUUCGAUUUAGCCGGAGGGGUCGGUGAUAGGCCGGAAUUACCUGAAUAGUUUAUUUAAUAUCUACGUUAUAGUGAUCUGAAAAUAUAAUAAAUCAUUACUCAUACGAACCAA